CGCGUUGAGGCAUUAAAAAUAAAGCGAAACACCUGAAAGGCGUACGCUUUUCUGGUGAGGCGUGAUUGAGGCGCGCUUUGAUCGCGCCUUUCACGCUUUUCCGAUGAGGCGUACGCUUCGUCGGAUCCGAUGUGGCAAUGAACAGAGAUUUAAAAAAAAACCCUAAGUAAUCCCUAAAACCCCAAUCCUGACUGAAAACAAACCCAAAACGAAACCCUACCUCUUCCAAUCAAGCGGCGACGGAGUGCUCACCCUCGGCGGCGACCAAUCGUAGCGAUCUUCUCUGGCGACAAUCCCUCUCAUCUCCAGAAUGAGUUCCUCCGAUUCGAAAAAUUCAAGAAAAGAUUUUGUGUGGAAGUAUGUGAUUGAAGUUUCUGGAGAGCAAUAUUUAAGAUGUAAAUUUUGCAAUCAAAGAUGUACGGGAGGGGUGAAUAGAUUAAAGCAUCACUUAGCCGGAACUCAUCAUGGUAUGAAACCAUGCAGCAAAGUUAGUGAAGAUGCUAGAUUGGAAUGCAAAGAAGCAUUGGCCAAUUUUAAGGAUCAAAAAACAAAGAGAAAUGAAUUGUUCCAAGAAAUUGGUAUAGGUCCAACUUCAAUGCAUGAGAGUGCCUUGUCUAAAACAAUAGGGACAUUAGGGAGUGGGAGUGGGAGUGGGAGUGGGAGUGUAAGUGGGAGUGGGGAACCUAUUCCUAGGGGACCCAUGGAUAAAUUUACUACUUCACAACCUAGACAAAGUAUUUUGAAUUCAAAGUGGAAGCAAGAAGAAAGGAAGGAAGUGUGUAGAAAAAUUGGUAGAUUUAUCUAUUCAAAAGGUCUCCCAUUCAACACUGUGAAUGAUCCUUAUUGGUUUCCUAUGAUAGAUGUUGUUGCAAACUUUGGGCCCGGGUUUAAGCCUCCAUCUAUGCACGAAUUGAGGACAUGGAUUCUUAAAGAAGAGGUGAAUGACCUAAGUAUCAUUAUAGAAGAUCACAAAAAAGCUUGGAAACAAUAUGGAUGUUCAAUUAUGUCAGAUGGUUGGACAGAUGGAAAAAGUAGGUGUCUUAUCAAUUUUUUGGUGAAUAGUCCUGCUAGCACUUGGUUUAUGAAAUCAAUUGAUGCUUCUGAUACAAUAAAAAAUGGGGAAAAUAUGUUCAAAUAUCUUGAUGAGAUGGUUGAAGAAAUUGGAGAGGAGAAUAUUGUGCAAGUCAUCACUAAUAAUGCCUCUAAUUAUGUGAAUGCUGGAAUGAGGCUUAUGGAAAAAAGGAGUAGAUUGUGGUGGACUCCUUGUGCUGCUCAUUGCAUUGAUUUGAUGUUGGAGGAUAUUGGAAAGCUAAAUGUUCAUGCUACUACACUUUCUCGAGCUAGGCAAGUUGUGAAGUUUAUAUAUGGGCAUACUUGGAUUCUUAGCUUGAUGAGAACAUUUACAAAAAAUCAUGCACUUAUUCGUCCAGCAAUUACACGGUUUGCUACUGCAUUUCUUACUCUCCAAAGUCUUUAUAAGCAAAAGCAAGCUCUUAUAGCAAUGUUCUCCUCAGAAAAAUGGUGUUCAAGCACAUGGGCUAAAAAGGUAGAAGGUGUGAAAACUCGAAGUACAGUGUUGUUUGAUCCAAAUUUUUGGCCUCAUGUUGCUUUUUGCAUAAAGACCACUGUUCCAUUAGUUAGUGUCUUGAGAGAGGUUGAUUCAGAGGAAAGACCAGCCAUGGGUUAUAUUUAUGAGUUGAUGGAUUCAGCUAAGGAGAAGAUUGCAUUUAAUUGUCGGGGCAUGGAGAGAAAAUAUGGCCCAAUUUGGAGAAAAAUUGAUGCAAGAUGGACUCCGCAACUUCAUCGACCUUUACAUGCAGCAGGCUAUUAUCUUAAUCCUCAAUUGCGGUAUGGAGAUAAGUUCUCUAAUGUUGAUGAGGUGAGGAAGGGAUUAUUUGAAUGCAUGGAUAGGAUGUUGGAUUAUCAAGAACAUUCAGUUGGACUCAUAUGA